AUGGCACAGCAUGGUGCGCGACUGGUCUUUCCUAUAGAUGUCAAAAAGAAGCCAUGGGAGCAGAAGCUUCCACUUCACAACCGGUGGCACCCAGAAAUACCACCGGUCGCGGAGGUAACGGUGGGAGAGCUUUUCAGAGUUGAGAUGGUGGACUUCACUGGAGGUCGUAUCACAAAGGAAUACUCCGCAGAGGACAUCAAGAACGCUGAUCCCUCUACUGUGAAUUUUGUUUCGGUAACCAAAGUUUACAACAAAAUAUCCCAUUCCCAAGCUCUCUGCAUUUCCAGUAGUGCAUCUAUGGCUCCUUCAACCCCUAGACUAGUGGUGCCAAUAGACUUGAAGAAGAAGCCUUGGGAGCAAAAACUCCCUCUUCACAACCGUUGGCAUCCCGAAAUACCACCGGUUGUAGAGGUUAAAGCUGGUGAGGUCUUUAGAGUAGAGAUGGUAGACUGGACUGGAGGUAUGAUCAAGGAUAAUGAUUCAGCAGUUGAUUGCAAAACCAUAGACCUCUCAUCUGUCCAUUAUCUCAGUGGCCCAAUCAGAGUUUUGGACGAGGAUGGGAAUCCAGCAAAGCCAGGUGAUCUUCUUGCUGUUGAAAUAUGCAACUUGGGUCCUCUACCUGGAGAUGAAUGGGGCUUUACAGCUUCAUAUGACAGAGAAAAUGGAGGCGGUUUCUUGACCGACCAUUUUCCUUGUGCAACCAAAGCUAUUUGGUAUUUUGAAGGAAUAUAUGCCUAUUCGCCUCAAAUACCAGGGGUCAGAUUUCCAGGCCUGACUCACCCUGGAAUAAUUGGAACUGCACCAUCAAGGGAACUCCUCAACAUAUGGAAUGAAAGGGAGAGAGAAGUGGAAGAAAAUGGGCUCAAACAUUUUAAACUAUGUGAAGUUUUGCAUUCAAGACCACUGGCAAAUCUACCAUCAACAAAGGGCUGCCAUCUAGGAAAGAUCCCAAAGGGAACUCCUGAGUGGGAAAAGAUAGCUAUUGAGGCAGCAAGGACAAUUCCAGGAAGAGAAAAUGGAGGAAAUUGUGACAUUAAAAAUCUCAGUAGAGGUUCAAAAGUGUAUCUUCCAGUAUUCGUAGAAGGAGCAAAUGUUAGUACCGGUGACAUGCACUUCUCUCAGGGUGACGGUGAAAUUGCCUUCUGUGGGGCAAUUGAGAUGAGUGGUUUCCUAGAGCUCAAGUGUGAGAUCAUAAAGGGUGGAAUGAAGGAGUACCUGACCCCAAUGGGGCCAACUCCUCUUCAUGUGAACCCAAUCUUCGAGAUUGGCCCUGUGGAGCCAAGAUUUUCAGAGUGGUUGGUGUUUGAAGGGAUCAGUGUAGAUGAGAGCGGAAGGCAGCACUUCCUUGACGCAAGUGUUGCGUACAAGAGAGCAGUGCUCAAUGCCAUUGACUACCUCUCUAAAUUUGGUUACUCCAAAGAACAGAUGUAUCUUCUGCUAUCGUGCUGCCCAUGCGAAGGAAGGAUUUCUGGGAUAGUCGAUUCUCCUAAUGCUCUUGCCACCUUUGCAGUCCCAACAGCCAUCUUUGAUCAGGAUAUUCGUCCAAAAACAAAGGUGCCAGUUGGGCCUCGGCUAGUGCGGACACCAGACGUCCUAAAAUGCACAUAUGAUGGAAAUUUGCCCAUAACUAAGAACCCUAGCGCCAUGACUUAA